AUGAUUAAGCUAGUUGGACGCUGUCGUGUGAGACUCAAGGAGGAGAAAGAACUUCUGCAGAAAGAAUACGGCCAGGCUAUCAUCGAUGGUCACAAAGAGAAAAUCGGCAAUUUUAAGAUAGAACCUCCUGGAUUGUUUCGUGGCCGCGGUACACAUCCGAAAAUGGGAAAAAUCAAGCGUCGAAUAAUGCCUGAAGACGUCGUCAUAAAUUGUAGCAAGGAUUCGAAAGUUCCCAAACCUCCAGAAGGGCACAAAUGGAAAGAAAUCCGGCAUGACAACACGGUUACAUGGUUAGCAAGUUGGACCGAAAACAUAAUGAACAACAUGAAAUACGUCAUGCUUAAUCCAAGUUCGAAAAUUAAGGGAGAGAAGGACUGGCAGAAGUACGAGACGGCACGCAAGCUGAAAAAAUACGUUGACAAAAUUCGCGCCACCUACAGGGGAGACUGGAAGUCGAAAGAAAUGAAAGUGCGACAGAGGGCUGUCGCUCUUUAUUUUAUUGACAAGCUCGCUCUGAGAGCCGGCAACGAAAAGGAGGACAACGAAACGGCGGACACAGUUGGCUGCUGUUCACUUCGAUGUGAACACGUGAAACUGCACGACAGUUUGGACGGACAAGACUACGUGGUCGAAUUCGACUUUCUCGGCAAGGACAGUAUUCGUUACUACAACCGAAUCGCGGUGGAAAAGCGUGUGUUCAAAAACUUGAAAAUCUUCAUGGAGAACAAGGGACCUGAAGAUGAUCUUUUCGAUCGAUUAAGCACCACGAUUCUCAAUAAACAUCUACAAAGCUUGAUGGACGGCCUGACGGCAAAGGUGUUUCGAACGUACAACGCCUCUUUCACCUUACAACAGCAGCUGGACGAGUUGACUAAUGAAAACAUGAGCCCGGCUGAAAAGCUGCUGGCGUACAAUCGUGCCAAUCGUCAAGUGGCAAUUCUGUGCAACCACCAGCGCGCCGUGCCCAAGUCGCAUGAACAACAGAUGGAAAACUUGCAAAAGAAGAUGGAUGACAAAGAAGCGCAAAUAAAGGAAGCGAAGAAGUUGGUGAAAGACGCGAAGGCGGACUAUAAGGCGCAUCAGAGUGAAAAAUAUCGCAAGAUGUACGAACGGAAGAAGGCGAGCUUGCAGCGACUAGAAGAUCAGUUGCAGAAACUGAAACUCCAUGCAACCGACAAGGAGGAAAACAAAGAAAUUGCUCUCGGGACUUCUAAACUGAACUACCUAGACCCACGUAUAUCGGUGUCUUGGUGUAGAAAGUGGAAUGUUCCUAUUGAAAAGAUUUAUAAUAAGACGUUACGUCAGAAGUUCCGAUGGGCUAUCGAAAUGGCUGGUCCAGACUUUGUUUUCUGA